UGCUGACUCUUCUUCAUCUGUAGUUUCUACCUCGCUUCUAGACUGCCUGAGUCUGGAAAGAGGUGGCUGCCUACCCAUUCAACCUAAUGACUUUUCAAUUCUUUUCAAAGUCAAAAUUUCUCAAAGAUUAUUUGUAAUAUACUACGUCAUUUAGAUUUCCCGGACUCAAGAAUUUCUCCCUUCUUAACCUAAACCCUCAAUCCAUCUUUUCCCAUUUCUUUGAUUUUCUUCUAAUUUUUCUGGGGUUCUUUUGAUUUUGACCAAAAUUAUUGAUAUUUCUGGUUGAAGGGUUUGAAUUUAUUUUUUGUGGGUAUUUAAUAAUUGAAGUCGUUCGCUAUGAGUUCAAACCCUACAUCGAGUUCUGGUGCUGGAUCAACAGAUCCUUCAGCAGCUAGAAGAAAUUCCAAGCGACCCAAGUAUUCAAGGUUCACCCAACAGGAGCUUCCAGCUUGCAAACCAAUCUUAACUCCUCGUUGGGUGAUUUCUGCUUUCAUGGUUGUCAGCAUUGUGUUUAUUCCAAUUGGAGUUGCUUCACUAUUUGCUUCUCGUGAUGUUGUUGAAAUUGUAGACCGUUAUGAUGAUGACUGUAUACCUGGGUCUAAAAGUGCAAAGAUCAGCUUCAUCAAAGGACCAAGUGAUAAAACCUGCAUUAGGACGCUAAAUGUUUCCAAGCAUAUGAAAGCACCUAUUUAUAUUUACUACCAGCUUGAUAACUUUUAUCAGAACCAUCGCAGGUAUGUGAAAAGUCGAAGUGAUCAGCAAUUGAGGCAUAACAGCAGUGCUAAUGAAGUAAGCGCUUGCAAACCAGAGGAUACUGCAAACGGGAAGCCAAUUGUGCCUUGUGGUUUAAUAGCUUGGAGUUUGUUCAAUGAUACUUAUAGUUUUUCUAUAAGUAACAGCAACCUAACUGUCAACAAGAAUGGAAUUGCAUGGAAAAGUGAUAGAGAUCACAAAUUUGGGAAAGAUGUCUUCCCAAGUAAUUUUCAGAAGGGAGGACUUAUUGGGGGUGCUAGUUUAAAUGAAUCUGUUCCACUUAGUGAUCAAGAGGAUCUCAUAGUAUGGAUGCGAACUGCGGCUCUUCCUACUUUCCGGAAAUUAUAUGGCAAAAUACAUCAGGACCUGCAAGCUGGAGACGUCAUUAAUGUCACUCUCAAGAACAACUACAAUACCUAUAGCUUCAAUGGGAAGAAGAUGCUGGUACUUUCCACAACUAGUUGGCUCGGUGGGAAAAAUGACUUCCUUGGCAUUGCCUAUCUUACUGUCGGUGGCUUGUGUUUCUUUUUAGCAAUGUUAUUCACUCUCAUUUAUCUUGUGAAGCCAAGGCGACUUGGGGAUCCUUCUUACUUGUCAUGGAACAGAAAUCCAGGAGGAAGAUAAUCAGUUGUUGUGCUUGUGUUUGUAUCUGGAAGAGAUUUUGUAAAUUGAAAAAAAAAACUUGAUUAGUAGUGUAAUUGAAUGUUAAUGGAAAAUGUACACUUCAGAAAAAAAAAAUGUUUGGUUCUUGGGAUUUGAAUGCUACGAGGCAAAAGUGUUAAUGUUAAUUAUAUGAAUACAAGUUUUACAUCA